GGUGGCUUUGGGGGCUUAAGCCCGGGUAGUUUUUUCAAAAGCCCCGGAUAUUUUUUUUUUAGUUAGAUGCCUUACAAACUGCAUAAAACAAAACCAACUACACACCAUACUCGACACAACGCACACAGUGCACAGUUGUAACUUACCCCUUACCCCUAACUAACCCCUAAUUUUGGUAUGAUCCGAAUCCGGGCGCGCCACUUGAGUGUUUGUGCACGGCGCGCGCACGUAGGGCAGAGACGCUGCUUAAACAAACAAACCGGUGACCUGCUGAAUGAGUCGGAUAGAGGAGCGCUCUACUUCCAAAGUACUACUACAGUACAGCGGUUCUGUACUGAUAUGAAAACAACCAACCAUGGACAUCAGGGUUUUCUUUCAAAGAAAAAACACAGGUAAAUGUUAUUAUAUUAAUCAAGCUUUAUGUGUAGUUCGUUAUAUUUGUAGUAGUAGGUGAAAUAAGUGAAAUUUCAUUACAACAGUAGAUUUAUAUUGAUGUUCUUGAUGUUUGGUUUGACUGCUAGCACAAAGAGAGAGGAACAUAGAGGGAGACAAAGAGAGUGAGCAGAAUGAGAACAGCAGCACAGAGACGGAACAAGAUCCAGGUACUUGGCGUCACUGAAGGCCUGCACCGCUACCUGCAGGGAGAAAGGCUAGACAUGGGCAAAGCUGUGGAGUACAAGAUGUCAGUAGUUGAUACACUCACAAAUCUGCGCACAGAGGCUGCUGCUGAGGAAAUAUUCAAGAAGGCCAUGGAUGUUUGCAGGGACUGCAACAUCCAGAUUCCUCAGGGACCGCGGCACAAGCAGAGGAGACUCGAUGGCUUUGUGGUGGAGUCCAGCUGUGGCGCAACACCAAGUCUCACAAGCUCAGCAGAGUUUAGGUGUGAGAUAUUCUUUCCUUGUCUUGACCGAAUGUUGAAGGAACUAGCAGACAGAUUUUCAGGGGCAGGACAGAAAAUAAUGGAGGGGAUUCAGGCCUGCAAUCCAUCUUCCCCAACAUUCCUCUCUGAAGAUGCCUUAAAACCCAUUGCAGCCCACUACCAUGUGACCAUAAAGCCCGAAGAACUCCUUGUGGCAAAAAACUUCAUAAAAAGAAAAAUGGAAAAAGAGGACAUUCACAACAUUACAACAGCCUUCCACUUGCUGGAUGAGGACAUGUUUCCAACUCUGAAGGCCAUCUUUAGAAUUGCGUUAACCAUUCCUGUCAGUAGCUGCAGCUGUGAGCGUUCUUUUAGUGCCCUGCGUCGUCUCCACACAUGGCUAAGGAGAACCAUGGGACAAGAGAGGCUGAAUGAUUUGGCCAUAUUAUCUAUUGAAAAGGAAUACCUUAAUAACAUUGAACCUGAAAAUGUCAUUGAUAGGUUCGCAACACUCAAGCCUCGAAGAUACAGUCUUAUAUUGCCAAAGUAA